AGACACGUAUACCAAACGUGAAAGAAAGGAAACAAAAAAGGUCACCAAAACUUCGCCUUUUUUCAAGCCCAACAAAAAAGAAAAGAAGCAGGAAAAAAAAGACUUAUCUUUAUCACCUCCAACUCCCCCAUUCUCUCUUAGCCCUAGAUUCUCUCAUUAGUUUCGCUUCCGUUAUUUUUUUUUUAUCAAAACAGAGAAAAAAAUGGCAAAUGCAGCGUCUGGGAUGGCUGUGCAUGAUGACUGCAAGCUGAAGUUUUUGGAAUUGAAAGCAAAAAGGACUCACCGCUUCAUUGUUUUCAAGAUUGAGGAGAAGCAAAAGCAGGUGAUUGUGGAGAAGCUUGGUAAACCAACUGAUAGCUACGAAGACUUCACUGCCAGUCUUCCUGCCAAUGAGUGUCGAUAUGCUGUUUAUGACUUUGAUUAUGUAACAGAUGAGAACUGCCAGAAGAGCAGGAUUGUUUUCGUUGCAUGGUCCCCUGACACAUCUAGGGUGAGAAGCAAGAUGAUUUAUGCGAGCUCCAAGGAUAGGUUUAAGAGAGAGUUAGAUGGUAUUCAGAUCGAGUUGCAAGCUACUGAUCCUACAGAGAUGGGGCUCGAUGUUAUUAGAAGCCGUUCGAAUUAAAUACUUUGCCUGCCAUGCAAGGGAGUCCAUAUCAUUGAGUUCAACAAGUUUAAUGUUUAUAUAUUUGCACUUAGAAUUUUCUUAUUAAACUGUCUUCUCCUGUUAUGGUUGUGGAUUAAUGGGGCGAGUAUCCCCUCCAGUGCGGCACUUACAUACAGUUAUAUGAUGGUUUGUGGGGGGUAUAGAUCAGUUUGAUUUGUUUGGAGGCUUUUAUUAUAUGUUGCCCUCACAAGAGGGUGAAAUCUACUUUCAACUAAA